AGCAUCACCUCCUCUUAAUCCUACCACCAUCGUCCUCGCCCACCUCACCUCACCCAAAUCACUGCAGACAUGGCUACCGGAGAUAUUGGUCUCAUCGGCUUGGCCGUCAUGGGUCAAAACUUGAUCCUCAACAUGAACGACAAAGGCUUCAACGUUGUCUGCUACAACCGGACAACGAGCAAGGUCGACCACUUCCUUCAAAACGAAGCCAAGGGUACCAACGUCCAGGGCGCUCACUCUAUCGAGGAGCUCUGCGCUAAGCUGAAGAGACCUCGCAAGAUCAUCCUCCUCGUCAAGGCCGGACCCGCUGUUGACGACUUCAUCAAACAGCUGGAACCCCACCUCGAAAAGGGCGACAUCAUCAUCGAUGGUGGUAACUCUCACUUCCCCGACUCCAUCCGCCGGACCAAGGAGCUUGAGUCCAAGGGUCUGCUCUUCGUCGGCUCUGGUGUUUCCGGCGGUGAGGAGGGCGCUCGUUAUGGUCCCUCGCUCAUGCCCGGUGGUUCUCCUGCCGCCUGGCCCCACAUUAAGGAGAUCUUCCAGAAGGCAGCUGCUCAGGUCAAUGGCGAGCCUUGCUGUGAUUGGGUCGGCGAGACCGGUGCUGGUCACUACGUGAAGAUGGUCCACAACGGUAUCGAGUACGGUGACAUGCAACUGAUCUCCGAGGCAUAUGACAUCCUGAAGCGCGGGCUCGGUUUGAGCGAGGACGAGAUCGCGGAUAUAUUCUUCAAGUGGAACAAGGGUGUCCUCGACUCCUUCUUGAUUGACAUCACUGCCAACAUCCUGAAGUUCAAGGAUGACGACGGCGAGCCCCUCGUCACCAAGAUCCUUGACCAGGCUGGUCAGAAAGGGACUGGUAAAUGGACUGCCAUCAACGCUUUGGACGCCGGCAUGCCAGUCACCCUUAUCGGCGAGGCCGUGUUCGCCCGUUGCUUGUCCUCGCUCAAGGCCGAGCGUAUCCGGGCGUCGAAGGUUAUCGCUGGCCCUCAGAAGGAGACCUUCCGAGGCGACAAGCAGCAGUUCAUCGAUGAUCUCGAGCAGGCCCUCUAUGCCUCCAAGAUCAUCUCGUACACUCAGGGUUUCAUGCUCAUGAGGGAGACCGCUAAGGAGCUCAAGUGGAACCUGAACUACGCUGGCAUCGCCCGUAUGUGGCGUGGUGGCUGCAUCAUCAAGUCCGUUUUCUUGGGUGACAUCACCAACGCAUACACCAAGACGCCUGACUUGGAAUCCCUGCUCUUCGACGACUUCUUCAACAAGGCCGUCCACAAGGCACAGCCCGGGUGGAGGCGCAUUAUUGCGCAGGCCGUCCUGUGGGGUAUUCCCACACCUGCCUUCAGCACUGCUCUGGCUUUCUUCGACGGCUACCGCAGUGAAAUCGUUCCUGCCAACCUCCUCCAGGCUCAACGUGACUACUUCGGUGCCCACACCUUCCGGGUCCUGCCCGGCAAGGAGAAUGCCAAGCUCAAGGCUGGUGAGGACAUCCACAUCAACUGGACUGGCCGUGGCGGCAAUGUCUCCGCCAGCAGCUAUAUUGCUUAAAUCGUGUCAUCUUGUGGGAGGCCUUCGUAGAAGAAUCAUAAAGAAAGCAUGUUCCAAUAGAAUUCACAGCUGUAUUCCUGCGUUGCGGAAUGGCGUGUUGUACAAAAUUCCUUGUGAGGUAGGAUUACGAAUAAUAUAUGAACUGUACACUCGUC